GACAUACUUUCUAUAGGUAGCCCCAACAUGAAAGUUCUCAUUGUCUUCGCUUUAGCCUUGGCCUACGCCUCCGGAUCGGCCUUGCGCUCCCUGGACGGACCCGGUGGUCGCAUCACCCACGGCGAGGAUGCCCGCACCGACCAGUUCCCCUACCAGGUCGGGCUCUCCCUGAAGAUCGGCUCCUCCUCGGCCUGGUGCGGAGGCUCCCUCAUCGGAAACGAGUGGGUUCUGACUGCCGCUCACUGCACUGACGGCGUUGACUCCGUCGAGGUUUACCUGGGCAGCACCGUCCGCUCCAGCCCCAAGGUCAAGCACCAUGUGACCAAGAGCGACAUCAUCAUUCACGCCGACUGGAACAGCCGCACCCUCAGGAACGACAUCUCCUUGAUCCGCAUUCCCCACGUGGACUACAGCAGUGCCAUUCACAACGUUGAGCUGCCCAAGCACGAGUCCCACUACGCCUCCUACGAUGGUGAUGAGGUUAUCGCCUCCGGAUGGGGCCGCACUUCCGACUCCGCCAGCGCCGUGGCCGCCCACCUCCAGUACGCCCACAUGAAGGUCAUUUCCAACAGCGAGUGCAAGCGCACCUACUACUCGACCAUCCGCGACACCAACAUCUGUGUGUCCACUCCCGCUGGCGUGUCCACCUGCAACGGCGACUCCGGUGGCCCCCUGGUGCUGGCCUCCGACAAGGUCCAAGUCGGUCUUACCUCUUUCGGUUCCUCUGCUGGCUGCGAGAAGGAGUACCCCGCCGUCUUCACUCGCGUGACCAGUUAUCUGGACUGGAUCAAGGAGCACACCGGCAUCUAAAUUUAAGUUUUUGAUUUUUGCAUUAUUAAAAUAUUUGUGACAGCGAACAUAUAAA